CACAGAACUGAAACUCCAAGGAAGAAGGAAGUAGUGAACCUGUUUUUCUGGGAAAAUCUCUGAUAACACACACUCUCUCUUUCUCAGUCAGGGAGAUGGCUGGUGCUAAUGCUCUAAACGUUGAAGCUCCAAGCCAACAACCCAAAAUAAUUGCAGAUUUUGACCCUCCGACGAAACCAAAACGAAACAAGUAUGCUCUUGCUUGUGCAAUACUAGCUUCCAUGACUUCAGUCCUGCUUGGUUAUGAUAUUGGAGUGAUGAGUGGAGCUUGUAUCUACAUCAAAGAGGACCUCAAAAUUGACGACACCCAAGUCGAAGUCGUCGUUGGUAUCAUUAGCGUGUACUCUCUACUCGGCUCCGCCCUUGCCGGCAGAACCUCUGACUGGAUCGGUCGACGGUACACCAUAGUGGUCGCUGGCGUUAUCUUCUUCGUCGGGGCUCUUCUCAUGGGGUUCGCCACGAACUACGCCUUCCUCAUGGUGGGCCGCUUUGUGGCCGGCAUCGGCGUUGGCUACGCACUCAUGAUUGCGCCUGUCUACACAGCCGAGUUGUCUCCCGCUUCCAUUCGUGGCUUCCUUACGUCAUUCCCGGAGGUGUUCAUAAACACUGGAGUCUUACUUGGCUAUGUAUCCAACUACGCCUUCUCGAAGCUUCCGACUAACUUGGGAUGGCGAUUGAUGCUCGGAGUCGGUGCAAUUCCGGCUGUUUUCCUUGCCAUAGGAGUGCUCGCCAUGCCGGAAUCUCCACGGUGGCUGGUGAUGCAAGGACGACUAGGCGACGCAAGGCGAGUUCUCGAAAGAACAUCCGAUUCACCAGAAGAAGCGCAACUGAGAUUAGCAGAUAUAAAAGAAGCAGCUGGUAUUCCAGAAGACCAAAACGACGACGUUGUCCAGGUCCAGAAGCAAAGUCACGGAGAGGGCGUGUGGAAGGAAUUGCUGCUCCACCCUACCCCAGUCGUUCGUCACAUCCUCAUCGCCGGUGUCGGAAUUCAGUUCUUCCAACAAGCGUCUGGUGUAGAUGCGGUUGUACUGUAUAGUCCCCGUAUCUUCGAGAAAGCCGGAAUCACAUCAACGGACGGGAAGUUACUCGCCACCAUAGCCGUUGGAGUCAGCAAAACACUUUUCAUCUUCAUCUCCACAUUCUUACUUGAUAAAGUCGGACGGCGACCGUUGCUUCUCAGCAGCGUCGGUGGCAUGAUUAUGUCGCUAGCAGCGCUCGCGCUCAGCCUCACGAUCAUCGAUCACCAUACUGAAAAAGUAACGUGGGCAGUUGGAUUGGCGAUUGCUUCUGUAUUAGCAGUCGUGGGGUUCUUCUCAAUGGGAUUGGGACCCAUCGCGUGGGUCUACAGUUCGGAAAUAUUCCCGUUGAAGCUACGCGCGCAAGGGACGAGUAUGGGAGUGGCGGCUAAUAGAUUGACAAGUGGCGUCAUCUCAAUGACAUUUAUAUCCUUAUACGAAAAGAUAUCAAUUGGUGGGGCCUUCUUUCUAUUCGCGGCGGUUGCAACGGUGUCGUGGCUCUUCUUCUUCUUCUGUUUGCCUGAAACGCACGGAAGAACACUUGAGGACAUGGAGGUCUUGUUUGGUAAGAUUGUUAAAUGGAGACCUAUUUUAAUGGACAAGAAUAGGAAGAACGAUACCAACAAAGAGUCAGACUCAGGGAAGUAGGAACUAUGGGUAGUUUGGUCAAUUUACGUUAAGACUUGUCAUCUUUUUUUUCUUUUUUCUUUUUUUUUUAAUGGUUAGUUUGUAUUUUACUGUGGAUCCCAAUCCCUCUUGAAAAUGUUGGAGAAGAACAUUGAAGAAGUGGAUGAUGAAGAUCAAUUUAGAAGUAAUGAGAAGAUAUAUAUA